CAGGUUGAAUUUACAGCAAUGUUCUUUCUAAGCAAAAGCAUGAUCCAUUAUCAAAGUAUUUAUUAUAAAUACUAGGAUCUCCACAUUCGGUACAAUCAUUAUUAUAAGGUCCUUUACAAUUGUAACAAUCAGCAUAGCAUUCUAGUUUAAUUUUAAAUAUACUUAAGCAUAUUUGAUCAGCCAAACCAGUCUCGUAAUAUCCUUGUUUGCAUAUACAUAGAGCAUUAAAAAGCACUCUAUUUGUUAUUGGUUUACAAGAUGUGCAUUCAUAAUAAUCUUUACCACAAGUCUAGCAUUACCCAUCUGUACAUUUCGCACAUCCCCCAUCCUUAUCAAUGUAAUUAUUUGGAUAAUCACAAACACAUUUUCCAGGCACGAUUUUUGAAGAUUGAAAUUUUUCCUUCAAAUUGCAAGUUGUACAAUAUUCAGGAUCAGUAUAAAGGCAGGUUUAACAAUUUGAGGAGCAACCAAGAAAUGGUGUGCAUUUCUUAUCAGCUGUUAUUAUAUGCGUUCCCAAACAAAUUUUGCAUUCCGUCGCGUUAAAACAAAUCAAACAUUUUUCUAAACCAGGCUACUCUUUGCAGACUUAAAUAUUUAACAUAUAUUACGAGUGCAUUUUUGUUGAAUUGGAUUAUAAAAAUAUCCAAAGUCACAUAUUUAACAUGUUAUCCCAACAGCUAAUCCAGUAUUAGGAUCAUAAUUAUAAUCAAAUUUAGUGCAAUUGAUAUCUCCAAAACAUUAAUUGUCUUUUAAAAAAUAAUGAAACUCGCAUCCAGUGCAAAUACCAUUAACACAAGCAGUGCAUUUUUAAGGGCAUGCUUAAAUCUUUAUAUUAUUAAUACCCACGCAUAAAUUAUCAACCAGCUCGUAGCCUUUUCUGCAUCCUUAAAAUGAGUAUACACCAUCAACUACCGUACAACUCAAAUGAGUUGGUUAGCAGGCUAGAAUACAUAAUGAAGAUUUACCUAAACUACAUUUUAAAUCUGUGCUACUUGAUGGAGAAAACCCUUCCUUACAUGUUCCACAAUCAUUUGAUACGCAACUUGCACAAUUAUUUCCGCAACCUAAAUAUGGAAUUAAAGUACUACCAGGUGAUGGCAAGCAUCCUUCCCCAUUUUUAUAACCAGAACAAUAUUAGCACUUAACAAUAUCUCCAGACCUUUAAGCUAUAAGACAGCUGUCAAGCACAAAUAAACAGGAAAGAACUAAAUCGGUAUCCUCUGAAUAUUCAUAGAUUAUAGCUUUAUUCUAGCAGAACAACACCUAUUCAAAGUAUUGAAGUGGCCACACUAUAUAUUCUUGAAGUCUCGGAUGGCAUAGAGCUUCAUUUCCAUUAAGUAUAACCAUUUUCGGUUCUGAGACUGAUUGACAAGCAGAGUUAAAUUCUAUAUCCAAAUUAUUACAUUACAAACACAAGGAUGAGGAUGCAUUCCAGGUGCAUGAGAAUGUCCUCCUUUACACUCAAUCAUGUAACCGGCCUUAUCAUAAUUACUAUAUAAACUCCUAAAUCCAUGAACAAGUUGGAGGGUCAAUAAACAAAAUUGAAUAAUCUUUCUAAUCAUAAUAUAUUAUUAAAAACUUUUAGUCUAUUUUUCGGUUAACUAUUCAAUCUUCUAAAAUCAAUAAUCUUAAAACAUAAUAAUUUCUUAAAUUUAGAGGGCAAUCCAAAUUGUUUAGCUAGGUAUUUUCAAGCCUGUAUUUCAUGA